AUGUGGAGGGGGCCUGCUCGCCAGACUCUUGAGGGAACUUUCUAUCGUAAUGAUGACGAAGCUUACAACGAUGCGUGGAAAAAACUAGACCACAGAUAUGGCCAGGCCUUCAUCAUACAAAGAGCGUUCUGGGAGAGGCUCGCAAACUGGCCAGAAAUCCAGCCAAAGGAUGCCAUGGGCCUAAGAGACUUUUCAGAUUUCUUGAACGCCUGUCAAGAUGCAAUGUGGCACGUGAAGAGUCUUGAAAUACUGAACGACUGCGAAGAAAAUAGAAAGCUAGUUCAAAAGCUGCCAGAUUGGAUGGCUGCAAGUUGGAACCGAAAGGCUACAGAAGUGUUGAACAAAAGCCAAGAGUUUCCCAGCUUCAAAGAAUUUGCCACCUUUAUGGCAAUGGAAGCAGAGAUCGCCUGCAAUCCUAUCACCUUCGUACUUCUGAAUCCAGCUCGUCAAAGGAAAGUAAUAGGGACAUCAAGAGGAACAAGGCAAGUGUAUUUAACACACAAAGAGAAGUCAAAGGUGACAAACAAAGAACAUUCAAAGGAAAGAUGA